GUGCGCAUGCGCAGCCAGACGUGGCAGCAGCAUCAUGGCUUCUUGGAUUCGAUACGGCAGACGCAGGAGAGAACUUGAAAUGUAUAUAUUCUUAUGUGUGGUUGUGGUGGUGUCCACACUGCAGGCAGUGAAAGUGUCCCCAUUAAUAGAGAGAAUCAGUGACCAUAAGGAAUUCAAAAAGCUGCUCAGGACCAGAACCAAUGUCCUUGUGCUUUACACUAAGUCAGCUACAUCUGGAGAUGUUCAUAUGAAGCUGCUGUCUGAUGUAGCCCAAGCAGUCAAAGGCCAAGGGACCAUCGCCUGGGUGAACUGUGGGGAUUCUGAGGGUCGCAAACUCUGUAAGAAGGUGAAAGUGGAUCCAAGUUCAAAGACAGCUGGAUUUGAAAUCCUUCAUUAUAAAGAUGGGACCUUUCAUACAGAAUACAACAGACCAGCCACAUUGAAGUCCAUGGUGGCAUUCCUGAAGGACCCCACAGGUGCUCCUUUAUGGGAGGAGAACCCUGAAGCUAAAGACGUUGUUCACAUCGAGACAGAGAGAGACUUUAAGAAGCUGCUGAAAAGAGAAGAGAAACCCAUCCUCAUGAUGUUUUAUGCCCCCUGGUGCGGUGUGUGUAAGAGGAUGCAGCCCAUCUUCCAACACGCUGCCACAGAGACAAAAGGGAAAUAUGUAUUGGCAGGGAUGAACGUUCACCCAGCAGAGUUUGAUGGACUUAAGCAGGAGUUUGAUGUCAAAGGCUACCCAACCUUCUGCUACUUUGAGAAGGGAAAGUUCUUGCAUCACUAUGAGAACUAUGGAGCCACAGCCAAGGACAUUGCCGACUGGCUUAAAAACCCACAGCCUCCUCAGCCCAAGACCCCCGAGGUACCGUGGUCAGAUUCGGACUCGGCCGUCUUUCAUCUGACGGACGAGUCCUUUGACACGUUUCUGGAAGAACAUCCGUCAGUCCUUGUUAUGUUUUAUGCUCCCUGGUGCGGCCAUUGUAAAAAGAUGAAGCCUGAAUACGAUGAAGCGGCUGAAAUCCUCAACAAAGAGACAGAUAGUCCAGGUGUAUUAGCAGCAGUGGACGCCACCAUCCAUAAAUCUGUGGCUGAGCGCUUUAAGAUCUCAGGCUUCCCUACUGUGAAGUACUUUGAGAAAGGAGAGGAGAAGUACACACUAGCACAGCUGCGGACCAAAGACAAGAUCAUCGAGUGGCUGCAGAAUCCACAGGCCCCCCCUCCUCCUGAGCAAUCAUGGGAGGAGAAGCCAUCUAGUGUGAGUCACCUCAGGGCUGAGGACUUCAGGGAGGCUCUCAAGAAGAAGAAGCAUGCCCUGGUCAUGUUCUACGCUCCCUGGUGCCCGCACUGUAAGAAUGCCGUCCCCCACUUCAUGACAGCUGCUGAGAAAUUCAAAGAGGACCGCAAGAUUGUGUAUGCUGCUGUGGAUUGCACCAAAGGCCAAAACCAUGAGCUGUGUAAGCAGGAGGGUGUAGAAGGCUAUCCAACCUUUAACUACUACAAUUAUGGCAAAUUCAGUGAGAAAUACAAUGGAGAGAGAGGGGAGGCUGGCUUCACCGGUUUCAUGCGAAGCCUAAGAGGGCGGGACCAAGAGAAAGUGGGAAAGCGAAAAGAGGAGCUCUAAGAAUGUGGGUGUGGCUAUAAACAGGGGAGGAGCCUGUCAUUGCACUGUGACUGGGCAGGGACUUUCUAGCACUGAUGCCACACAUAUGAAAACCUCAACUUAAAGAGAGGAUAUUUUUAUACAGCCUUAUGUUUGUAAUACUAAUGUUCAGCCACAAGACCACUCGAGACAUGGCUUUGUUUUUUCGUAGACAUUUUGUGACAAGGACAAUUGCUCCCAAAUACUGUGACAGUUCAUCAAACUACAUCUUAAAUCUAUGCAAUACUGAAAACUCACUCUACAGCUCUUCUGGGUGAAGCGGACACUUCAACUACUUUACAUCAGUCACCCAAAGCUCUCCUUAACACUGACCGUCUCCCUUAUUAUUGCCGUUCCCACCUUUGUAAAGAGGACCCAUAAUGUAUACAAUCACGUUUGAGUAUUUUUGUACAAAAAAAGUCAUCCUGGACAAGAAAGACAAUAGAAGAAAAGAUAAAUGUAGCUCAAAUUUGUGGCCUUAAAUGUUUGAAUAUGUUUUAUUCAAAUGGUGCAGUGCACCCAGGAUUAUUUUCAGAGAUUUAGUGGGGCCAAAAUACAACAGAGCUUAUGAGAAAUUUUGUGUUGAAGCGAAUAGCUUUUUUUGUUCAUUGUGUUACGUGUGAUUUGAUUUGUCAGCUGUGGAGGGAAAAAAAAUCUAAAAUUAUAAUAUAGCACUGAAGGACAAACUGAGCCCCAACUUAGUGGUUGUAUUUGAUGUAUUUUAGUUCUUUUUUUUAAUCCCCCAUAAUCAAUUUCCAUACUUUCACUUAAAUAUCAAAUAGCCAAGAGCUCUAUUAAAAAUGGUUAAACACUGCAGUGCAGACCCAAAGUGAAUCCGUGUCAUGCAUACUAAACUGAAACUGACUUUCAGAUAUUCUGAUUAGUGCAGGAACCAUUUAAAGCCUGAGAAUGAGGGAUUACAAAAGUUUCUUUUGUUAGUCUGGUCAAGGCAGUUGUCUGAUUAAUUAAGUCAAGUUUCACAGUGAUUUGGACUGAUGUAAGGGCAUUUAAUAUUAACAUUUUACCGACGGUCCUCUCUUCUUCUUCUUUUCUAAAUUGGUCAUUUAUCUUGACAAAAAGAGCAAGUUAAAUUGAAUGACUGCCUUCAUGUCAUAUUAUGCAACACUUAUGUAAUAUUCGUUGUAUACCUUUUUAAUAAGAAAUUAUUUUAACUACUUUUCUUCUUGAUUUUCCCUUAUACAGAACAAGCAAACGGAGUUUUGUAUCAGUGAAAGAAAAGAGAAAGCUUUUUUUGAAAUGUGGUUUAAGUGGUGCUUGAGUGCACUCUUUCAUCUCACCAAUGUGGUAGUGGCUGUUUGAGAAGCACUCUUAUUCAUCCAUCAUACCAGACUCAUUGCUUUGUACCAUUAUAUUCUCUGAGGCAACUUGGCUACUGUGUUGGGAACUCCCUGAUCAAGGCAGUAUACAUAUUGAAUGAGCUUAUCUGUAGCGAAACAUGUUUGAUUAUUCAAGAAAUAUAGAUUCUUUUCAUUCUGAAUAAAGUUCUCAGGGAUAGCAAAACACAUUUUAGCUGGGUACUUGGAGCUUGUGUUACUGAAUUCUGAAUUGUUUACAUUUGUCUGUGGGAGAUUGUGUGUUUAUGACAGGAUUCAGUUUGAAAUGUGCUGGCAAAUUAUGGCAGAAAGUAUGAACGCCAUUGAGCCAAGAAAAGCUCCGAAAAAAUCAGAAGGGUCACAAGUGCUACAUUUAUAUCACGCAGCCAAUCGAGCUUAUUGCAGCUUUAGCCACAGGAAGGUAAAGAUGGCGUGUUUCAACUUUGUUGCCAAUACUUAAGCCUUUUGUUUGUUUGUUUUAACUUUUUUGUUACUUAUGAAUCAAUAGAAGGGAAUCAUCAAAAUAAUGCUUACUGUAUCUCUCAUGCUAUAAAAUAUUAGCCAGUAUGAGUUUUCUCUCAUUUUGUGGUCCAGAAAUUGUACCUCAGCAUUUUUCUGUUGAAGGAAAUCCUGCUUUGUCUUAUCCCAAAGGUCUCCAUGUCACAUUGAUGCCAAGAAGUCACUUUCACCUGUAUUUGAUUUAUGCACCUAGCCAUAUGUACAGUUUUGGCCCAGUGGAUAAACACAAUGCAAAAUAAAAAGGCGUACAUUUCCAAGAA